UAGGCGUUUCCGUUUCCGUCAGCCAUUAUCGAGUUGUUCGUUCGCCGGGUCUGAGUUAGGUCACAGUGAAUGAAAAAUCAAAUUAUUUUCAAAGUCUCUCUUAAUUGAGAGAUAACUACUCAAGCGUAUACCACCACGUAGAUUCUUCGACGGAUUCCUACAAAGCACGAAGAUGCAGUACAACGGAUUCCACAAUCAACACCCAAUUUACAGACCUCGACCAGACCGGAAUGAACAAUUCGGUAAAAUGCCAUUUUUUAAUGGUCUACAUGAUUUUGGCGGGCCAAAAAAUUUUGGUGGCCCAAGGAACAACAAUCUUGGCAACAAAAACAACUUCAGGCCAAGGAAUGAUUUCAACGGAAUGAGGAAUGAUAUGAAUAAUCAAAAGAAUGAUGGAAACCCGAAUGAUUUUGGAGGACCGAAAGAAUUUAGGCCUAGGAAUAAUUUCAACAACCAAGUUCAGAAGAAAGAAUAUGAUGGAGGACUAAAGCCUGGUGGCAGCAUGCAGAUUUACAACCCCAGAAAUGAUUUUGGCGGUCCUAAGCAGCAAAACUUCCAGAAGAACAAUUUUGGCCCUAAAAAUUUCAACAAUCAGACUCCAAACAAUGGCCAAAAUUUUGUUGCGAAAAAAGUUUUUACACAGAACCCUGGACAGCAACCUAUGGAUUUCAAUGCUCGUAAAUUGCAGAGUAAGAAAGCUAAACAUCCAGGUGACAGUUUAGUAAAGCCAAUCUGGGAUUUAAGUAACCUUGAACCUAUUCAGAAAGACUUCUACAAACCCCACCCCAAUGUUGAGAAUCGCACUGAUGAUGAAGUUCAGAUGUUCCGUGCGGAAAAAGAAAUAACAGUGAGCGGUAAUAACAUUCCACGCCCUAAUCAAAUGUUUGAUGAGGGUAAUUUCCCUGACCAUGUCAUGACCACUAUCAAGGAGCAAGGAUGGACUGAGCCGACUGGCAUUCAAGCUCAGGGUUGGCCAAUUGCUCUGUCUGGUCGUGACAUGGUGGGCAUUGCUUCAACUGGUUCGGGUAAAACCUUGGCCUACAUGCUGCCUGCUGCUGUGCACAUUGUACAUCAACAAAGAAUUCAAAGGGGUGAUGGACCCAUUGCUCUCAUCUUAGCACCUACUCGUGAACUGGCUCAACAGAUUCAAUCUGUUGCUCAGGCUUACAGUGCAAGGGGCUGCAUCAGGAACACGUGUCUCUUUGGAGGGUCUCCCAAAGGACCUCAAGCUAGAGAUUUGGAGAGGGGAGUAGAGAUUGUUAUUGCGACACCUGGACGAUUGAUUGACUUUUUGGAACGAGGCACUACUAAUUUACGUCGAUGCACUUAUCUAGUCUUGGAUGAAGCUGAUAGAAUGUUAGAUAUGGGUUUUGAGCCUCAGAUUCGUAAGAUUAUUGAGCAGAUUCGUCCCGACCGCCAAGUGCUGAUGUGGUCUGCCACCUGGCCAAAAGAAAUCCAAGCUCUGGCUGAAGAUUUUCUUAAUGAUUACAUCAAAGUAAACAUUGGAUCAUUGAACUUGUCUGCCAAUAAUAAUAUAAAACAGAUCAUUGAAGUAUGUGAAGAACAUGAAAAGGAGGGCAAGCUGACUAACUUACUGAAGGAGAUUGCUUCUGAGAGGGACAACAAAGUUAUUGUAUUUGUGGAGACUAAGAAAAAGGUGGAUGACAUCGCGCGUAGUGUACGAAGAAAUGGCCACAAAGCCCUCGCUAUUCACGGAGACAAGUCGCAACCGGAACGAGAUGCUGUCCUCAGCGAAUUCAGAAAUGGUGCCACUGCCAUCCUUAUUGCAACUGAUGUGGCUGCACGUGGUCUGGACGUUGAAGAUGUCAAGUUUGUCGUCAACUUCGAUUAUCCUAAUUCAUCUGAGGAUUACAUCCACAGGAUUGGUCGCACUGGGCGUUGCCAACAGUCUGGAACAGCAUACACUUAUUUCACAAGUGGAGACUGCCGUCAGUCACGCGCUUUAGUCGCUGUCUUGCGUGAAACGGGACAGAACCCACCUGCUAAACUUAAUGAAAUGGCGCGCAACAACAAUAACAACUCUGGACGUAACCGCUGGCAGCAACGCAAGGAAAACAACAGCGGAUCUAGCUCACCGCGUCAACAAAACAACCAAUGGAAUAACAAAAUGGCUUCAGUGGUGAAUGAGGAAGUGCCCAACACUUAUCAAAACCGAAACACCAACCAGCAACCACCACGUUUCAACAAUCAAAACCAGAAUAACCAGACUUACAGGCAAAAUAAUUACCAGAAGCAGCAAGUUCCAUUCCCCAGCCCAAAUGUCUUCGAGUCCAUGGGUAGCUACCAAGGAGGAUACAACAAUGGAUACCAGAAUGGAUACAACAAUCAAAAUGCUUAUGGACAGCGUCCUUACAACAAUGCGCGCAAUGGAAACCAACAGUACCGCAACAAUAACACGAAUGGAAAUAAGUCGGGUGGAUCUGGUUCGUCGUUCGGAUCUCCUCCGCCCCACUUCGCCACACCUCCCCACUUCCCACAGAUGCAUCCCCAUCACCAGGAUAUGCUUGGUGGCAAGUUCUACGGCGGCGGCGUGGGCGGCGGCGGGCCGUGCGGCUACCAGGCGGCCGUGGGCGCCAGCGUGCCCUACGCGCACCUGCCCCCCGGCCCGCUCCUGUACGCGGCUCCGGUCCAACAGUAAAUUUUCUCAUUCCCGCAUCAUCUCCCCUCAUGAUAUGCCGACAGAAGCUAAUUGUGGCUACGUCGUUUUAGCUAAAAAUCUCACUGUCUCUCUAA